CACGGGUGAGCUCCUGUAGCGUAAGCUCCAGCAGCUCGAGCAGUUUGUCUUUGGUAUCUGGCAUUUCCGGAUCAUCGCCGGACUCGCUGAACUAUCGCACACACAUGCUAUGGGACUACGUCAAGGUGCAGGAUGGGUGCAGAGUGCAGCCAGAGCUGGCCACUCUGCCAGUGGAAAUACAGCAGCCGGUCAUACUCAAGGAGCUGAUCCAAUGUCUGGUCGGUGUCCGAGGCAUCUACAUUCAGCCCCUGCCGCCAGAUGAGAACGAUGGCGAUACUUACUUUACCAUCGACAGUCAGCUGGACAAAAGUGUCACGGAGGUGGUGCAGAGCAUCCUGCCUCUGGCCACGUACUUCAUGGGCAUCCAGAGGAUCAUGGCGGCCGGCGAUGGCCACGGACAGGUGCUCAACGCUCUCAAUUGUGCCCUCCAAGAUCUGACCAGCGAUUUCUACAUGCUGAUCUCGAAGGCGGACGAGGAGAUGAAGCGCCAGCAGAUGACGAUACAAAUGCUCCACUACUACCUGCAGCCCACUAUGUGGGUGAUGGAGGAAAUCUGGAAGGUGAUGCGGAAUAUUCAACUGAAUAAAUGCCAGGGGGCCGAAGUGCUGAACCAUCUGUACGGACGUAUAAGCCUGCUGGAGGGCAACAAUGCGGUCCAGCAGAUGAUGAUCAAUCUGACGAAUACGGCAGCCCGGCCGUACAUGCAGAAGCUGCAGCUGUGGAUCCACAAGGGACAGCUGGUGGAAGACAGCAAUGAGUUCCUGGUGCAGGACAACGACACGGGACGCCUGUACACGAUGACCGGUAGCUACUCGGACGACUAUUGGGAGAAACGCUACACCGUGUGCCGAGACGGGGUCACCACAUUCCUGAAGAAGCACACGGACAUGAUUCUGGCCACCGGCAAGUACCUGAACGUGAUCCGGCUGUGCGGCAAGGGGACGCUGCCCAUCCAGGAGGUUAAACUGGACGAGCAGCUGCAGCCGACCAGUGGCGGGCGGAUCGAGAAGGUGAUCAACGAGGCCUACUACUUUGCAGCCAGCAUGCUCCUCAACCUGCUGCUGAGGGAGCACGACCUGAUGGGGCACCUCAAGUCGGUGAAGAGUUACUUGCUGCUGGGCCAGGGCGACUUCAUCACACAGUUCAUGGACGCCUGCGAGACUGAGUUGUCCAAGAAUGUGGAUGACGUUCAGCCCAUGAUUCUGGAGAACCUGCUGGGCCUCACUCUGCGGCUCUCCUUGGCCCGCCAGGAUCCCUACAACGACGAUGUGCACUGCGAGCUGCUCACGUAUGACCUGGUCACCCAGCUGUCGAAGAUUUUGGGCCAUAAUGGGGACGAAGAGGAGGCAGAAGAGUUGGAGGAGGAGCUGGAGGAGGAGGAGGAUUGCCGCCAGGACCUCACCGGCAUCGAGUGCUUUUCCUUCUCGUACGAGGCCAAGUGGCCCUGUUCGCUCGUCCUCAACCGCAUUGCCAUCUCCAAGUACCAGCUGCUCUUCCGCCAGCUCUUCUUCUGCAAGCACGCCGAGCGACAGCUCUGCAAGAUCUGGAAGAUGAACCACACGCUGAAAGGUCGGCCAUCGCGUCAGCUCACGGAACUGCACCGGUCGCUGUGCACCUUGCGGCAGCACAUGAUGAACGCCAUACAGAAUAUCGAGUACUACAUGAUAUACGAGGUGAUUGUGCCCAAUUGGCAUCACUUUAUCGAGCGCUUGGAGACGGUGGAGAACGUGGACCAGGUGCUCGAGCAACACCAGAACUUCCUUGACGAGUGCCUCAAGAGAUGCGUCAUGACCGAAUCCUCGUACCUGAGUCGUGCCAUCUUUAAGCUGUGCAAGAUCUGCAUCGAUUUCUGCGACUUUAUCCAGCAGGAGAGCCUGUUGGAGCCGUCAAAGAGCUUUGCGGAGCGUGUCCAAUAUUUCGAUUGGGAAUUCAAGUACCUGCUGGUAUCGUUCCUACUGAAAAUCAAAUAUUCGGCCAGGAAAAACGCCAAUAGCUUUAUUAACCUGGUACAUUGGGUCAACGUCAAUGGAUUCUACACCGAUCAGAUGGAGAAGCUCUCCUUAGAAACAAACACAGACCAAGACGAAGACCAAGAUUCUGUUUGUUAAAUUAAUUAAAUAGUUUCGAAUUUAACUUAGAGAAGGACCUUUUUAACUUCCAGGAACCCUCAUUUCCCUCUAGCACCGAUG